AUGUGACCGCAGUUGCCCUUGCUUGUGUUGUGUGAGCUGCUGCCCUGACUCGUGUAACUCGUGUGAAAUGAAAUUCAGUACAGAAAAUACCUCCACCCUCAACAUAUUCACGGAAGGGGAGUUCUCCGAAAACAAGAUCAAACUACCGGAGAAAGAGACGGAGCCCACCAAAGCAAGGAACCAAAGGGGAGAUGCGGCGUGCUGCGCGGAGACGCGUCGCGAACUGUCGCUGGCGCGGCUGGCGCUGAGCACGCAAGAGUCCCGCUGGCGCCAGCUGCUCAGCGCCGAGGCGAGGCUGCGCCGGAGACAGCUCAACUCCGUGCUCACCGCCCUGCUGGGGCUGGAGCGGCGGCUGCGCUCAGAGCAGGCCAGCAUCCGCGCGCAGCUCGCCGCCAGGGACAACCUCAUCCGACAACAGGCGCUAGAGAUUGCAAGGCUACGUAGAGCAGCGAGAAGAACAAAGACGUUAUCUUUACCCAUCGAAAAUUCCAACUCGCCUGGCUCCGCCUUAGCCACUGAAGAAUCUCCGAAAUGGAAUGGACACCACGAUUCACUGGAGUCCCUUUCUUCAAAAACGUCGGAAAGUGACACUGCUGUUGCCCUUAAACCGGCUGAGCCUACUAACAGCAUUCUGAAAGAAGAACGCGACGAGAGUUGCCAGACGGAGGAGCACGAUCACAGCUAUCUCGGGCGGCACGAGGAUUUUGCGGACAGAGAUCUGUACAAAGUGUACAAUCACAAUCCUGUCCUGGAAUGUGUCAAUCAAAUACUACUUCGUGACCAGGACGAAGGAGACGCUCACGAAUACAAAUUCUCUAACAGGGAUAAGCUGAAUGAAAAGGAAAGGAGGGUGAAAUUCACGUACACGUGCUCCAGCAUCGAAGAAGAACAAGAGGACCAGGAAGAACACGAUGGCGUUACGGAAAAAGCGAAUGAAAAGUCUCAGGCACCUGUAGGAGCUGCAACGCUGGAAAAUCUGACAGAGAAGAAAAAUGAGGAGGAAUUCGAUAUUGUGAAGGAGGUGGAGAAAGUAGCAGCAUUGCACAAGAAGGCUACCGAACUGAAGCUCGAACAGAUGAGGUGGGCAAUAAAGGAGAAGACACCGUCGCCCCCUACAAAAGCACAACAUCUGGAAGAAAAAGCCUGUUUAAUGAUGUCGAGUCAAGGUCUCACUUUGGUCAGGAAUGUGGAACUGGAAGAGGUGGACAAAAACGAAGCUCGCCACAUUGAUGAGAAGUCCGUCGAAACGCUUAAAAAGGAAGUGGGUAAGUCUGUUCUGAAGGAAGAAAAUACAAAAGUAGCAAACGAUUGCCUGGCGGCAGACAGCGGACGGAAAGAGGUUGAGAAGCUAAGCUGUGUCGAUCAGAAAACGGGCUCGAGCAGUCUGAAGGACAGCAAGGCGACCUCGGCGCUGCCCAAGAGACCUAUUCCCCCGGCGCUGCCUCCGAAACCGCCACAGCUGGGCAGUCUCUUGCUGAUGCGGCGCCAGGGCAAGCUGGGGCCGGCGCGCGUCGGGAUGUCGCAGGGAUACGGCCAGGACUACUACGCGCCUCGCCAGCUGCAACUUCAGCGCCAGAUCCUGAGCAACGGCAGCCUGGCCGUGGCGCGCGCGCACGACGACGCAGCGGCAGCGGCUGGCGCGGCGCGGCCUGCGCGCCAGCUGGCGCCGGAUGACGUCUCGGCCAUCAGAGUCGGCUGCUCCGUCUCCUCGCUCAUCACAGGCUCCGCCGGCGGCAGCAUCGUCACCGAGCUCACUCGCGGACAAGCCCAGGAGCAGGCGAUGGUGGGUGACGACUCGCUGCUGCGGAGCAACUUCGAGGAGUUCCGGCUGGAGGAGGUGGACGUCGACGUGGGCCGCGCAGACGGCGACGGCGCCGAGGAGGCCCGCGCGCCGCCGUCGCCGUCGCCGGCGCAGCUGCAGCAGCAGCGCGACUCCUACGAGAGCUUCCUGGAGGCGACCGGGCUCAGCCAGAAGGCCAUCCUCACUCCCAGCCGGCUGCUCUCCAACCACCGCAGCGUGCUCAAGCCCAAGGACGUGAAGCACCGCAGCCGCGUGCUGCGCGGCGACCGCAACUCGGCGCCGCUCGUGCGCUACUGGGUCGAGCCCUUCCUCUGAACUCCCGCCUGGCUCCGCGGACAAGUGCUUUCAGCUGAGUUAACCGCGUUCCCGAGUUCUGUGCUGUUUCAGCUAGACCAAAACUGCUACCGGUAGCUCCAUCUGCAGAUAGGUAGGCACUGCCACUGAUUCUGUAGCACCAUUCUGUAUCACUCUCCACCCUCCUUCAGCUAAACGAAGGGAAGCUUACAACUUGCACGUUCUUUAAAGAAAAUGCUGGUGCAUUAGGUCACAGAAUGAAUCAAAACAGUCAUAAGCUGAAGUUUCAGUGACUACUUUUUUCGCCCUCCUCCCUACCGUUUCUGAACAUUUUACUACUCAAAGAAAUGUUUACGUACUGAUGAGCAAGUAUGUCUGUGAAUACACUACAAGCCGGUCGUUCCACAUCCUAAACAAUGUUGCGAAUUUUCUUGCGGUGUUGCUGCUAUGAAGCUUACGGACAGUAGAGGUUAUUAAGACUGACAAGAGACAUCCCCUCACAUCAUUCUGAAGCGUGUCCUUGCUACUGUCGCUGCUUUUUCACAAACAUUCUCAUCGUAAUAUAUUAGCACUUGCCUCUGUUGGUUACAUAACAAUAUUUCAAUAUCUUAUAUCUGUUACGCAGUUAUUGCACGUUUUGUAAUAAAGUUAAAAUGACUCUGAACCCUCUUCAGUUUUCCGGGAAAAAGAGUUUGAGACAUUAGCUACUAUAAUAGCAAACAUUAUUUAUGACAAAUGUGGUUGUAGCAAGUGCUCUCCCUUGGUUAUGGUCGCUUGUCCCUCUUAGGGAGCUCACUUUUCACUUGCCACUGCUGAAGUUAACGAGGUUUACUUUACAGUAAUCUUCUCUCGUGUGCUUUGCAAAAACGUCACUGUUCCUUUGUGUAGAUACCUGAUUAAUGGUAUUUAAUACCAAACAGAAUUGGUGAGAAGCAUAUUUGCAAAUAUAUCGUAGAAAAGUGUUUUUUCAAAAGAAGGUACUUUUUUUAAUUUGAUUUGAUAUUUAAAACGAAAUUCCAGACAGGCUGGUUGCUGUCAUUUAUCGCCACCUGAAAAAAACCUGGCUCCUAUGUUGACUAUUAUAGCAUCCAGAUACACACAUUGUUUAUCUUCUAUUAUUAGACCAGCUACUAAGUUUUAAAUCGGCUGGAAUGCAACAGUUUCUAAAACAUCUCACGCAUUGGACGACUCAGCUUGGCUGCAGAUUUGAGUAACUAUCUUCAGAAACUAACCUAAUCGUCACCAUACUGUCUGUCUAGUCAAGUAACGGUAAAAUCUGUGGGGCUAAACCCGUGAACGUGUUCCUGGUCUCACUGCACCGUUUCGUUCGCUGCCGAACUAUAAGGUGGAGGGUGACGAGCCCGUCGCCCCGGACGCGUUUUACCCACCCGAGAAAGCUUCCCCGUGAUCAAUUUGGUAACAGAGUGGAUCUGGGACCACUCUGGAGAGACUGGAAACUCCCCGCUUCUAGCCGGGAUAGAAGCUGGGACCUCCAGGACUGCAGUGCAACACUCUACCCGCUAGACCAAUACGGUCACUCGUACUCGAAUAGAAGUAUAUUUUCUGAUUUUCAAGCUGAGGAAAGUGACACAAUAGGUGCUGAAAGUUUUGAAAGCAUAAUUACGGGCAAGAUAAUUUACUACUGCUAUGUAACGAACCACUACCGUGUGCUAUUUAAUGAAUGUGAACAAACUAUAUAGUGUGCGUGAAAAACACGCUUAUUGACAUCAUUCUAAUCUUAAAUCUAAACAUUUCUGUUGACUCUAGCAUCAGUAAAACUACUCUUGGGACUGAAAGUUCUGUCGGGUAAAUCUGUUGAUCACCCGUAGGUGAUAAUCUUAGAAAUGAUGUGCAACGAAAAUUACUAUUUUGCCUGCUCUAUAAGUAGAGUUUUAGAUAAUGCACGUUCUUCGGAAUUUAUUAAUGCUACAUUGUAUGAACAUGUAACUAAUAAUUAGUCAGUCAAUAUCGUUUUGUAAAUAUGUAUGAUAAUCAGUUCGUUGAUACCUUGUAUGUAAGAGAAUUAUUUUUGUGUGUUCUGUUAAAAAGAAUUUAGUGUGAAAACUGUUAUCCAAAGAGAAUAUCUACCUGAAUCACUGUUACACAAAGAAGUGAGUUAGUGGUCGCACCUUCAGAGGCAAUAUGCCAUCACAGUUGUUUUUUCACGACAGAUAGUAAUUGACCUGUCACAUUGAUGAAAAUAUAUAAAUAAAGACUACGUCCAAAAUA